UUGCCAUUGCUCAAUUUCCUCCUCCCCAACACACCCCAACCACUUCCCUGAAGGCUGCACCCAAUCCCUGGCCUGGCAGUGUUGCAUUUGCUCACUCCACCGCUGCUGGUUCCUGGGGUGGGGUGGGGGGCCACCCUUUUCCCCUGUGGUGCCCAGAGAGUCCUUCCCCAAAACUUCAAAGCCCAAGAGAUGCUGCCUGCCUGGGUGCUGACCCUCCUGCUUCAGGCCCUUCUGUGCCUGGGAGAAGAAUGCGGCGUCGGCACCAUUGGAGACACAUUUUCGAUCUGGCAGCCAUGUCACCUUUCUGCACAGGCCAAGGAAUCGAUCACCCUCCCUUGCAAAUUCAGCUACUCCUGGAAGGUUCCCCCAAAUCCAGAAAUCUGGGUCUACUGGCGUUUGGGAUCGUUUCACAGCCAGACCUACCUGUUCAAUCACACGUCACAGAAGCUGUACACCCACAAAAACUUCUCAAGACGGGUCUCUCUGGUUGGAGAUCCAGAGAAGAAGCAUGAGGCUUCGAUCCAAAUUGGCAGCCUAUCGGAGUUGGACAGCAAUAUCUAUUUCUGCCGUAUUUCUGUACAGACGGAAAAAAAGAGGAAGACAUGGCAGUCCAUCAAAGGAACAAACCUCACAGUCACAGCAGCUGCCCCGACACAACCCUACAGCAUUCUUGGUCUGGUGGUAGGACCAAUUCUCUCCAUAAUGGCUAUCUCUCUUGUGCUGAUGAUGUACCUCAGCUGGAAAAAAGGUCAUUGCCCAGGCUGCCUUCAAAACACGAGAGUUGCAGGCAAAAGCAAGAAGAGACCAGGGACGAUGGAACAUAAAGAGGUUGGCUUCCAAGAAGUCAGAACCCCCCACCCUGGCCCUCCUGCUACCCCCCAGUCUCCACCCUGCCCACUUAAACCCCCUGUGGAGCCAAAUCUCCUCUAUGCCACCUUAAUGCUGCCAGAUGCCAAGAGCCAGACCCCAAAGCCACCACGGAACAGGCCAGGCCACGGAGGCCAAGAGACAACAUAUGCCGUCGUACGACACUGAGGAGGGGGCCUGCCAUCAGCGGAGCUGGGGAGGAGCCUGCUUGGCCACCUGAAGCCUGGACCCAAGGCCCCUUCUUGGGACAGCAGCCUCUUGAGAGGGCACCCAACCGCUGUAUCUAAGGGCAGUCCUCAAGGGCAGUGAAGCCUGCAAACGGUGACCUGCUGGCUCUCCAGAGGCUUUUUGAAGGUCGCCUCUGGGAAAGGGUUGCCAACCUUGAUCCUUAACACGCUUUUGCUUCCACAGAAGAGCCUCCCAAAGAGCAGCCGAGGUGAUCAGAACUCUCUCCAGGGGAGGGCUGAUUGGCCAGUAUCAGGCAGGGACACAGGUUCCUCGCCUCUGGAACAAUCUACCUCCGGCGAUUUGCGCGGCUCCCUCGCUGGGUAUCUUUAAAAAUCAACUAAAAACGUGGAUGUUUCGGCAGGCUUUCCCUCCAGUUAAUCCCUGAUGUUUUCCUUUCCUCUCUUCCCCUACUGUUUGCCUCCCAUCUUGUGGAAUGUGUUCAUUACAUAAUAAUUUUUUCCUUUUAUACAUUUCCUGUGUAUUUUUAUGAUGUAAGCCACCUAGAGUAGUCGUAACUGACCAGAUAGGCGGAAUAUAAAUAAAAUAAAUAAAUAAAUGUGGCAAAAGAGGAAGUACAACUGGGGAGUCCUGGAACCAGAGAAACCAGGAGGGGGGGGUGUAGGCAUCUUCCCUUCUGUAUCCCUUCUGUAUCCCAAGUACCAGAGGGGCUGGAGAGCAGGGCUUGGCAGGGCUUCUUGGCUACUCUUUCCUCCCUCCCCCCCCCUCUGUCCUUUGCUCCCUUCUACUUUUCCCAGACUCUCAGGAGGAGGUGGUUAUUACCUUGUCACCCCCUGACUUCCUUUCUUCUUGCCUCUCCUUCUGUCGGGUGGGCUCCAUCCCCCACCUUCCUUUUACAAAGACAUAGGGCUGAG